AGGGGCAGCGCGGCCGCGCCGCGGGAGCGCAGGGACGGGGCAGCCCCGCUCCCUCACGGGCAGCCCCAGCGGCCCCGCCCGGCGCGGGCAGUGCGCAGGCGCGGGGCUGUUGUGGUGCGGCGGCGCAUGCGCGGAGCGGCGGCGGGGUGAGCGCGGGGCCGGCGCGAUGAGCGCCGUGCCGGGGCUGAAGGAGGACUGCGAGGAGCUGCUGGGCGCCUUCCUGCAGGCGGACACCGUCCGCUUCGAGCGCUUCGCCGAGCUGUGGCGGGAGCGCCGCUUCCACACCGUCUUCUAUGGUAAAAUGAGAGCUUUGCAGAGGAAUAAGCUCACAAAGGAGACUCUAGGUCUGGCUCAGCAGUACUUCUUGCCUCCCUACUCCUUCCAGAUCCGAGUUGGUGCUCUGUACCUUCUGUAUGGACUCUAUAAUGCCCAGCUUUGUCAACCAAAACAAAAGAUCAGAAUCGCGCUCAAGGAUUGGUCUGAAGUCCUGAGAUUUCAGCAGGACCUGCUCGACUCCCAGCAUUAUGAUGCAGCCUAUAUCCUUAGGAGACUGCGACUUGCCAGAGCCUUCCAUUUCACAGCAAUGCCACAGCUACUGUCCUACAGAACUAAGAAGAAGAAGAUUGAGGAAAAUCAUUUAAAAGAAGAAUUUAGGGACCCGUGUAACAGAGUGACCAGCCUCAUCACUAAUGAUCUGUUGGAGGAACUGAUGAAUAUUCACGACCACUAUCAGAAAAUGAAGUGUGUCAUUUCAGCUGACAAAUCCCAGCCAGACAAGUCCCUGAGCUUGAUAAAAGAUGACUUUGUGGUUGGUCUCAAAGACAUAACCUUGGAACAUCAGGAAUGGCAGCAGAACAGAGUGAAAUUACUCGAAACUGUUGAAGAAACUGAUGAAACAGAAAACAAAAAGAAAGAAGAGACUUUGCUAAAAUCAGAGGGUUCUGAAAGAGCAAGUGCCCUGGCCAGAAUCAAAUACAGGUCUUAUUCUGCAGCUAUUGAGGUGUCCAGAUCCAGGAGACACCGUCAAGUGCAGUUAGAAUCCUCUGAAGCAGGAUCCAGUUGUGGGAAGUCUCCAAGGCGAAGCAGAAAACCCAGCUGGAGAAGAGUUUCUCCAGAAGUUAGAGGUGAAAUGCAAGUGUCAAAGGAAACCAUAACUCGGCAUAUCGGGAUGCCAGUAAUCACAGAAGAGGACUCGGAUGCAGGAGAAGUACCUCUUCCCAAGAGGAGAAGAUGACUUUAGAGGAUCCAGUUGGAGAAGCACUAAUGUUAAUUUUAAUGACAAAGUGAAAAUGUCAGAGGUAACACCAAGUGCUUGUUUUGGAUACCUUUGAACUUAAAAGAAGUGUCUGGGACCAGAACCACAGGUGAUACUGGAAUACUGGUAGUGAUGGGAUACUUCAGCUCUCUCGUGGUGCCUUUAUUCACCUGGUGAAUGCUUCUUGUGGGAGACCAAAGUCGCUGUGUCCUGGCUGAGAUGGAAAGAGAAGGCACAGAAAAGAUUUGCCCUUGUAAGACAUGUCUGUAAUCCUUUAUCUCUGAACAUCAGGUUAUUGACUGUUGGAAAUUAGUGCAAUAAAUUCUUUUUUCACUGUU